AUGGCCGACAACGCUAAGGACACGGCGAAUGCGAAUGCUAGUGCGAAUGCCAAACUACAAGAGGCACUAGAAAACACAGAGGAGCAGGUAACCUCGAUAAUAGAGUCAUUCAUCGAGCUUGGGGUUUCAAUAUACGACUAUCCGGGCACUCCUGAAGCCACACAAGGCAUGAUAACGAAUUUGAAGAGAAAUGUUGACAGACUGUCUAAAUUGAACCAGAGCAGCAAUACUGUAGACACGCCAUUGCAGGAUAUAAACAUUCCAUUUGAAGUCAUUCAAUACAUCGAGGAUGGCCGUAACCCAGAUAUAUACACGAGAGAAUUUGUCGAGGCAAUCAGAAGGUCGAACCAGUAUCAAAGAGCGAAGAUGAACGGUCUCAAACAACUAAGAGACUCAUUAGCUGAAAAGAUAAGCGAGGAGUUCCCAGAACUCGUAGAUACGGUGCAGAAUAUCAUAGAGAGAACCACACCAAAAGAAACCAUGGCCACUGACCAAAAAACUACGUAA